GUUUCGACCGUGUACUCGAAAAUGGUGGCUCUGAGUCGACUCGUCUCGUUGAUGACAAUUGUCUUUGCAUUUUUUGUGGCAAGUGCGCGCUCCGAUUCGAACGUCGUCGUCAAUAGAACAAUCGCGCCAACUAGCAAUGCUCGGACCGAAAAACCGCCGAUCGAUGCUCCCACGACGAAGAAAACUACUUUGUGUGACACUUGCGACUGCAGCGAUGCGGUAGUGAAUUGUACGGAUCUUGAGCUAGAUCAUCAUUUCGACGAUUCCUUGUGGCCCUUAAAGCCGCUGGAGAAAAUUCUCUUCAAAGGAAAUAUUCUCGUGCAUCUAAAGCCGUUCCCCAACAUAACGGCGAGCCGAUUAAUCCUUAGCGGCAACAGAAUAACAAAGAUCGAUGAUAAGGCUUUUAAAGAGAUUAGCAAUCUGACCGAGCUGGAUUUGAGUCAUAAUCAACUCACCUCGGAGUUACUGAGGCCUGCAGUGUUCGAGGGACGAUUCUCCGUGGAAGAGUACGAACCGCUGGACCAAUUGAGAAUCUUGAAUCUCGGCUACAACGCUCUUCACACUCUGAAGCAGGAUGUCUUCGAACACGUGUCCGAUCUCAGGGUUUUGAUACUGAGUGGCAAUCCUCUCACGACUAUCGAUCAGGGCACAGCAAAUGCAAUAAGCCAGCUCCUCUACCUGGAGGAUCUCGACCUUAGUUACUGCGAGCUCGCCGCAGUGCCCGACCACUUGUUUCAUGCUCCGAGCCACCUGAAGAAACUUAAUCUGAACGGUAACGACUUGAAAAGUCCACCGAGCGCCUUGGAAGAUUGCAAGGCACUGGAGCAUCUCAGCCUCGACGAAAAUCCCUUCGAAUUAUUGGAUCGGAGCGUGGCUUUUCCGGUGAUGCCGUCCCUCAAAGAGCUGAGUCUAGGCUCGCUCCCCUACCUGACCUCGGUGGGGCACAGUGUUUUCUCUCAACUUAUGGCUUUGGAAAGUAUCAGCUUGCGAAACUGUCCUAAGUUGACGGAAAUCGACGAAGAUGCUUUCGUGAGGAUAAAUGCGGAGAGUGCAGCAAUAUGGCCACCGGUGAAAGAGCUCGAUCUUUCGAACAACGCGCUGCGUUAUCUUUCGUUCAACCUCCUGGGACGCUGGGACCGUCUCGAGAAAUUGGAGCUCAUCGACAACGAGUGGUCCUGCGAUUGUGAUAAUCAAUAUCUGAUUGGAACGCUGCUGCCAGAGAUGGGAAAGAAGCUAAUGGGGAAAGAAAUCGACGCGCUCAAGUGUUCGGCACCACCGGAGCACGCUGGAAAGAAUUUAACGUCAUUGGCAAAUCGAAAACUACGAUGUUUGGAUCUGUAUGGGGCCCGACCCGAGCAUGACGCUGCAAUAUUGAUUGGCGUUCUGAUUGGACUCCUUUUGGCCAUUCCGGUCGCCCUCACGACUUUCGUCUUCUGGAGAAGAGGAUUUUUCUUCUGCGGUGCCCAAGGACCGGCUAGCUUUUCACGAGCAUUUUACAAACGAGCUAACAACGACGACGUCAUAUGAAUUCAUUCGAGAUUUCACGUACCGUACUAUUUCUUUCUCUGUUUUAUUAUCUCGACUCAUUGAAUUCUGUGGAAAAUUCAUUUUUACUUUCAUUUUAUUAUUUAUUUAUUUUUAUGCCCAAACGAAGGACGUUUUUGUGUCAAAACAUACUUCUUACUCACAGUCAAGAUUUUUCAAUUAAUUGCUGCACCAAAUUCGUACAAGAAUCCAGGGAAACUGCGGGAAACCAGAACGCCACCGACGACCAUAUUUCUGAUCCAUAUUGCAUCGGGCAGCAUCGUGCAGAACUGAAACACAAGCCCAUACACUCGUUGGUGAUCGACGUCGCCAAUUCAAGCACUAGUUUUUUAUUGAACUCGUUGAUUUUGACUUGGGAGAUCACGGAAGCCACGAACCGCUCAGCGACCCUGACUAGUUCCUUUUUUCAUCAAUUCAUCAUUCGUCUUGUGACCAGAACAAAGCUGAUACGAAUAUUCCAUAAUUGAGGAUAUUUUGUUUCGAGUAAUUCCAUUUUUUCCUGGAUUCAAAGUCGGUGUUCAUACUUCGAACAAAUGAAACAUAGUUUCUUAGAGUUUAGAGUAAAAAAUAUUUUUUCUCAAUGUUUGUUGUGCAGAAGCAAGCUUGGAAUGCACGAGCAGCUUUUGCGUUGGCCACAAUUCUCAUUGCGGCUCAUUUUGCCAGUGGGAAUUAUAUUUAGUCUCAAGUUAGUGUCGUUCCUCACCUUUCGUAUUAGUUUCCACAGCCGGGAACAGGCAAACUUCCCUUCCGACAUGAGCAGAUAAGAGCAUGUGUCUGAAAAAAUUUAUUUCUUACCUUUUUAUACCAUUUUCGUGAACAAUGAGCAGAUUUUUUUCACUAUCAUAGUCAUGCUUCGAUUAUUCGGAUGCGAACAUCUGAAGAACAUUUUUAUCAUAAAUUUAUUGCUAUUUUAUAUAUUUGUAUGAUCGUCAGGAAGAAAAAAAACCGAGCGAACACGACUACGAUUCUUUGUUAACAGUGGAUGAAAGAAAUUAUUAAUAAAAUUCUUCCCAAUCGA